GUCUCCGCCUCUCGUUUUGUCCGUUCACACUGAACACGGAAGUGAAACUGGGACUCACAGUUUAGUUUUUUUUUUAUAGAGAUAUUUUUUAUUACUGUGCAAGUACAACUCCCAGUCAUAUAAACACAGACGCUUUAGUGCUGAAAUCAACGGGACAAUAUGGAGAACGGGUUAUCCUCGACUGGUGACAGUAAAUUGGAUCAAGCCAUUAACCAGUGGUUGCAGUUUGACAAGAACCCCCAGACAGUGGCGUUGGUGCAGGGCCUGGUGGAGGACGGGGCGGUUGAGGAGCUGCGAAGGUGUUUUGGAUCUAGGAUGGAGUUUGGGACGGCUGGCCUCAGAGCUGCCAUGGGACCAGGGAUCUCCUGUAUGAACGACCUCACCAUCAUACAGACCACACAGGGGUUCUGUAAGUAUCUGGAGCACUGUUUUGGGGAGGGUCUGAAGGAGAGGGGUGUGGUGGUAGGGUUUGAUGCCCGCGCCCACCCUCCCAGUGGAGGCAGCAGUAAACGUUUUGCCAGCCUGGCGGCCGCUGUGUUCAUCAGCCGGGGAGUCCCCGUCCACCUGUUCUGUGACAUCACACCCACACCCUUCGUGCCCUUCGCUGUGUCUCAUCUGGGUCUGUGUGCUGGCGUCAUGGUAACCGCCUCCCACAACCCCAAACAGGACAACGGCUACAAGGUGUACUGGGAGAACGGAGCCCAGAUCGUGCCUCCCCAUGAUAAGGGUAUCUCUGUAGCCAUCGAGGCUAACCUGGAGCCCUGGCCUGAGUCCUGGGACAUCACCUGUCUCUCUCACAGCCCUCUGCUGAAGGACCCGUACCAAAACAUUCACACAGAGUACUACCGGACCAUCCAGCAGCACUGUCACCACAGGGACAUCAACAAGAGUUCAGAGGUGAAGAUCGUCCACACUUCCGUGCACGGAGUCGGACACGCCUUCGUCCAAUCGGCUUUCAAGGCCUUUGACCUCCGACCCCCGUACGCCGUAGAGGAGCAGAAAGACCCCGACCCUGAGUUCCCCACCGUCAAAUACCCCAACCCCGAGGAAGGGAAGGGGGUCCUGACCCUGUCGUUUGCCCUGGCGGAGAGGGAGGGAGCUACUGUCGUUCUGGCCAACGACCCUGAUGCUGAUCGACUGGCCAUCGCUGAGAAACAGAAGGGUGGUCAGUGGCGUGUGUUCAGCGGUAAUGAGUUGGGGGCGUUGCUGGGCUGGUGGGUCUAUCGGUGUUGGAUACAGACCAACCCAGACCAGUCGACCGUGAAGUCAGUCUACAUGCUGUCCUCCACCGUCUCCUCUAAGAUUCUACGGGCCAUCGCUCUCAAGGAGGGCUUCCACUUUGAGGAAACUCUGACGGGGUUCAAGUGGAUGGGCAACAGAGCCAGAGAGCUGCUGGACCAGAACAAGAUGGUACUGUUCGCCUUCGAGGAGGCUAUAGGGUACAUGUGUGGUUCUGCUGUGCUGGAUAAAGAUGGAGUCAGCGCUGCAGCCAUCGCAGGGGAAAUGACAUCAUACCUGGCCGCGAAGAACACCACGCUGUCACAACAACUCACUGCUAUCUACGAGGAGUAUGGGUACCACAUCACUAAGAACUCCUACUUCAUCUGUCACGACCAGGAAGUGAUCCGGGCCAUGUUUGACCGGCUGCGUCACUACGGUAACCAGGAGGAAGUGUCGUACCCCAGGCAGUGUGGAGGCGUCGCCAUCACCGCUGUACGAGACCUCACUACUGGAUAUGACAGCAACCAGGCAGACAACAAGGCU